CUUACAGCUAGCAAGGUACAUCGACAAGAACGAAUACGAAAGACUCGAUAUCGAAACCACUCUACAUUAUGUCUUUGCUCAUUCAGUUUCCCUAAGUCGCGAUUUCCUCUCUAUAACUGCGACUCUUGGCGACCGUCGUCAUAGCCGCUGAACUCUACGUCGGAUAUCGCAAGACGUCAUUCCCUUCCCAUAUCUAUUUCUCGCAUAACAGAAGGAUGGUCUUGCCAUGGGAAACGCCAAUAGUUCCCACAAAAUCUCCGCUCAGGACAGAGCAAUUCUAGACCUCAAGAUCCAGCGUGACAAGCUCCACCAAUACCAAAAGCGUAUCUUCGUCUUGACAGAUCGCGAAACCGCGAUUGCGAAGGAAUGUCUAGCUCGCAAUGAUCGGAAGCGCGCUCUUCUUGCCCUCCGCCGCAAGAAAUACCAAGAAUCGCUGCUGGCGAAAACAGACGGCCAGUUAGCGCAGCUCGAGCAGCUUGUGUCGCAAGUCGAGUUUGCGCUUGUCCAAAAAGAUAUUGUGUUUGGGCUACAGCAGGGGACACAGGUUUUGCAGGCUAUUAAUAAAGAGAUGGGCGGGAUCGCAGCGGUGGAGAAGUUGAUGGGGGAGACGGAGGAGGCGAGGGCUUAUCAGGAGGAAAUAAGUCAGAUGUUGGCUGGUCAGAUGUCUAAUGAGGAUGAGGAUGAGGUUGAAGAUGAACUGGAGGCUCUACAAAGAGAGGUUGAGGGUCCUGUCGACCUGCCAAGUGCGCCUGAAAGUCUUCCUAUUGUCACAGAGGAGGAGAAGAGAGAAAGGGCCAGGGCCAGGGCCAAGGCCAGAGCAGAAGAACAGACUGCUAUGUUGGCUGCAUAGGAUGCAGCUUCUUGACGAUUUUGUUAUUAUGUUUUAUUCGGUAUAUCUUCUGCUUGUCAAUUGCUGUGAUACAACAUCUUUGGAGUCGGAAGGCCCAUCUAGUCUACAUAUCAUUUGUUAGAGUUUACCCAGAAACGGCAUCUCAAGUUUGGACUUGUGAAUAGAAUCAUAUUA